AGCUGACCCGGGCACGUUUGGCGCGGAAAGGGAUGAUCAGAAACAACAAUAGAAGUUACGUUGAAAUUUAGUUUUGGGAUUUUUUCAAUUCUUUUACGAUGUCAUCCAUUACUAAUGGACUAGGGACAUCGGUAAAAAAAGCUGUGGGCCCUAAAGCCAAAGUGACAGUUGUUUUGGGCGCACAGUGGGGCGAUGAAGGAAAAGGAAAGUUGGUUGACAUCUUAGCUACAGAUGCCGAUCUUGUUUGCCGGUGUCAGGUAAGAUCUGUGUUUCCAUGAUAAAUGUGUCCAUAAAUAGAAGGGAAGUUUCAAAACUGUGUAUUACAUAUAUGUUAGAAUGAUCGCCUUAGAUGUCAAUUAAGGUUAACGAGGACAUAACUUGCUCUACGUAUACAUGAUUAAUUUGCAUGCGAGUCGGUCAUGGUUUAUUGUUUGCUUAAUUUUUUGCUUAUUGUUUGUUUGUCAUAACAGGAUGAAUGUGGAUUUCAAUUGUGUUGGUCUGUUGCUUAUCUUGCUAGUAUCUUGAAGUAGAGCAAAAUAUUUAUCAAACAGACCUUAUGAAUUUGUAAGUUAGGGUCCCUCGCGAUAUUUACUUUGCCCUGACCUGAGCUUUGUACAGUGGCCACAGCACCUUUUUUCUGGUUGGCUUGGCUUGGCUUGGAGGGGAGUCGGUGGGCAUGAUCAAACUGAAUUUUUUACGAGAUCAGAUCAAAAUGGGACACUUUUUGGUAUUCUCAUGAAUUUGUCUCUACCUUUUCCCAUGGAGAAGUACCAUUACUAGGAAGGUGAUGACAGAUAUCCUUCCAAUACACAAGUAUUGUUCAUGUUCAAACAUAAGAAAUGGAACAAUUUAUUGACUCUGAGUGGAAGGUCAGCUCAUGGCAUAAACUUGCCUUGAAUUGAGGUGAAAUGCGGAAGGAUGGGCUUGGCUGCAAUGCGUUUUUUUGCCAGUUACUCAGUAAAUUAUUGUAAAGUAUAAUCUUUACGUACCCAAGGGUGAACUUUUAGUUUAAAAUUCUCUCAGUAACUGCUAUUAUAUUGUAAGGCAACAGAAUUGACGACAAUCUGAGGUCAUAUUAACUAAGAAAAAAGAAUGGCUGGUAAUAUCUGGGAGUCCAGAACCCAAACCAUUGAUCUCUCUGCACCUUAUAAAAAGUCAUCAGAGAAACAUGUAAUUUACCUGUGCUGUCUAUUUAAGGGUGGAAACAAUGCUGGUCAUACAGUUGUGGUUGACUCAAAAGAAUAUUUUUUUCAUAUGGUUCCAAGGUAAGAACUCUUAAGUAUGAAAAAAAGCUCUUUUCUACAUUUCGUCAUUGUUUGAUAACCAUAAAAUAAAUUAUACUCUUUUUGUGGUUUCAGUGGGUUGAUUCAACCAAAAGCUGUUAGCAUUAUUGGUGAGCAAUUUUGUCUUUUUCAGAAUUAUAUGAUCAUUAUAUACAGAUCCUUGUCAAUAAAUUUUAUUUGAUGCAUGCAUGUAUUUUUACUUCUCUUUUUCUGUUAGGAAAUGGUGUUGUUAUGCACAUUCCACAGUUCUUUGAAGAGUUGAAAGAACUUGAAGCUAAAGGUGAUCCCUUCUCUUCCACUUUCUUUACCUCAUGUUAUUACAAUAAAUUAUUUUAUUAUUAUUAUUUUUAUUAUUAGUAUUAGUAUUAUUAUGGUACUUUAGUAUUGGUUGCAGGAAACUGUACUUAAUUAUAGAGGCCUUUAUAUUACAUACUCUAUGUACUGCGUUAGAGCUUAUUUUCAUGAAAUUACUGUUAUGUUCAGUUUAUCUACAAAGACAAGACAGUGAUCAUAUAAUUUAUAUUGUCAAUAGCAUAUUGCUUUCAAUUUGCAGUUUUGAGAAAUCAAUCAAAAUAAAUUAUAUUUGUUUCCUGGCUUUGCAGGGGUUACUGAUUGGGAGAAAAGACUUCUUGUCUCUGACAGAGCUCAUAUAGGUGAGAAACAUGUUUAACAUUUAAAAUGGUAAUAUAACAGAUCUUUUUUAAAUUUAUUGUUGAAAUGUACAAAUGGUUGUGUGAACAACAUGGCAGUGUAAUUUUAUCCAUUGGUAAUUCAAUUAUACCUGGUGGUUAUGCUAACGGAUAUUUGAAUGAUGUUUUUCCCUUUUAGUAUUUGACUUGCACCAAGAAUCUGACAAAUUACGUGAAGGUGGAAAGGGAGGGUGAGUAGGAGAAAAGACUGUCUGAGGUGAUUCAGUAUGUCUGUAACUAUCAAAAGUAUAUUAUUUGCAAUAGAAUGAUCCCAUCUGAUGUAAAUAUAACUGACUGAAUGAUAUUUUAACUGAUACAGAGUACAUUUAUUCACACCUUCUGGUGUAAUGUCUAUUACCUCCAGUGAGUAAAGCUGUAAACUUUUGUCUUUUGUUAGGUUGGGGACCACAAAGAAGGGAAUUGGUCCAACAUAUGCCUCAAAGGUACUGUUACUUGCAUUGUUUGGAAGUAGAAAUCUUUCAGUCAUUGUAGAAUAAAACUUCAUCAUUACAUGCUCACAUAACAAGUGCACAGUUGUGUACAUAAGUGCACAGUUCUGAUUGUGGCUGUCUUCUCAAAGGUUCGCUUUUUAAAAUGUUAUGUUAUGGCAUCUUGAUGAGUGCCAUAGGGUAGUUGUAAACAUGUGUUUAAUUACUAGAGGUGACUGCAUAUUGGAGCUGUCCCUGUCUUAUGGUUUAUGUGUAGACAUACUCCAUUUUAUUACAUCUUCAUUUCAUACACUUAGCUCAGAGUUAAUUUUGUUGCCUUUACAUGUACAGGCACAAAGGAUAGGCCUCAGAAUAUGUGACUUAGUUGGAGACUUUGAGGCUUUUGAGAGAAGGUAAGCAGCUGCCCUGUGGUAAAGAAUGCUUUGAUCAGUGUUAGCCAUGCAAAUUGAUUAUGAUACUAUGUUAAUUCUUUGUUGUAAUAGAUUCAGAGGACUGGUGUCACAUUUUCAGAGGCUGUAAGUAUUGAAAAGAGACAAUUGUUUUUACUCACUGCUUAUCUUUAAAUUUAUUUUUGUAAAUGUUUUCUUUACUUACUUAACCUAAAUAGAAUGUUGUGCUAACUCUACCUGGCCAGUUUUAAAUUAACCAUCUUGUGGAGUACAUGUGAUUACUAAUUCUAAGUUUAAACUUCAGACUGUGCAUUUCACUUUUUCUCAGAUAUCCAGGUCUUAGUACAAACAUUGAGGAAGAGAUAACAAAGUACAAGGUAACGAUGUUAAAGAAAUUUUUCCAUUUAUGUUCUCAUACUUUAGUAAUCCUGGAUAUGUUUGUAACUAUUUAUCACUUUUAACAAACAAAAUAAUUAGUUUACUUAUGUUUAGGAUAAAUAGUAUUCAUAAUUUUAUAAAUUUUUUCUUAUGGUUUAAUUAUAGCACUAUGCAGAAAAGAUCCGUCCUUUGGUGUGUGACACAGUAAGCUACAUGAACAACGCACUUCAGAAUGAAUCAGCCAAAAUUGUUGUGGAGGGAGCCAAUGCACUCAUGCUGGAUAUUGACUUUGGUAAUUUUUAGUACAAGUGUUGCUUUGAAAUAUGCAUUUUGAUUUAAUUUUUGAGUUGUUAACCUAGUUGAAUUGAGUCAAUAGUACCAAAUAAUUCGUACAAAGAUUACAUCUUGAAAUACAAAACCACAUUUUGAGUUAUUUUGUUCAAUCUCUCCAUUUGUGUGUCAUCUCUCUGUAUUUUGUUCAUAACACUCCAUCUCAUUUCAGCUGAAUUUCUGCUGUAACUGUAUUUACACGCCCAGAUAUGGUCCAGACAUUAUCUAAUGUGAUUAACCUUUGGGUAUAAGAUAGAUAAAGAAAACUUCCUUUUUGUAUUAUAAUUACCACUUGAAGACCUUUACCGCAUUGAAUUAUCUGAAGAUUAGUUUGUUGUAAAAUAUGUAAGUAUCAUAGCAAAACCUCUCCCAAUUGAAAUAGCUCUAUUCAUUGUGAACUGGCAUGAGCUAAACAAUGUAUUUUAUUCCCCUUUCCAUACAAACCGUAGGAAAUAGACCUAAGACCAAUGGCAGGAGUACAUUGUAACUUAUGGAACAAAUUUAUCAUUAUCAAUAGUCCAUGUCAAAUUUCUCCAGGCUGAUAUGAAAUGGGUUUAGUUUGUUUGGUUUAAGGUUUAAAAUUUAUAUAAAUGGCUUCUACCCUUGGGAUACCAAUUUGCUAUAAACACAACAAUGUUGUGUAUCAAAUCUAUACAAACCACAGGCAGCCCAAGCUCCAGCUGUGAGAUCAUCAUCUUGCAAAAUAGAGGUAUUUUUAUUGAGAAUUUGACUAUUUUUUAUUACUAUGAGUGGUCAUAAAUAUUCCCAUACAAACUCUCACAAUUUUGCCACGACUCUUAUUCUGUAAGAUGAUCAUCUCACAGCUGGAGCUUAGGUGGCACAAACAGAACACUUUGUAAGCAAAUUGCAAAAGAACGUCUUUAAUUUCAAAGAAUGUUUGAAUAUUUUUUUCCAGGUACAUAUCCAUUUGUUACAUCUUCUAACUGUGCUGUGGGUGCAGUUUGCACAGGUCUUGGCAUUCCACCAGCAGCAAUCGGCAAUGUGCAUGGAGUUACCAAAGCUUACACAACAAGGGUUGGUCUUGGAGGAUUCCCAACAGAGCUUAAAAAUGUAACUUGUUUCUUUUUACUUAACAACUAAUGAUCUCUUCAUUUUGCAUUUAGAGACUGUUACAUCACGUAUUUAUUAUAGAUUGAGUGAACAUGGUAUCCAUUACUACUUUUGUAGUGUUUUCCUCUUUUUUCAACAAGACAAUAAAACAGAAGCUAGCUAAAGAAACAGCUGUGAAUUUCUAUCGAAUUAUGGGGAUGUAAUUGUCAAGGUUAUCUAGGACGUGUUACUGUCACCUCUCUCAACUCUUGCUCUCUUUGCUCCUUAUUCCUGGUUCUUUAUAUCAUAUAUCAGAUAUAUGCAAUAUCAUAAUACUUGACUGACCUACCUAGAUUAGUCUGAACAACAGUUGUACAUAGUGUCUUGAUUUUGAUAAAAAAAGGCAAUUUUUCCAUAAGGUUAUAACUUUAUCAUGAUCCUAGAGUUAAUUCCAUGCUGAUAGAUGUCAGAUGCAAACUUGCAGUGCUGUACUUCUACCAAAAGAAUUAGGGUUUUGAAGACUACUCUUGUGAAUGCUGACCAUCUAUUCAAACAUAAAAUAUUUUGCUUAUCUCCCCAAUUGCAUUUUCAGGAACUUGGAGAGAAGAUGCAGCAGAUAGGAAGGGAAUUUGGUGUAACAACAGGCAGAAAACGUCGCUGUGGAUGGCUUGAUCUUGUAAUGAUCAAAUAUUCACACAUGAUCAACAAUUUUACAAGGUACAUAUCAAUGUUCAACUCAUGAUUAUUUAUAGUGAUUUACCAUGGCAGCCACUUUACCUCCCCUUUUUUUCCUGUUUUUGUUUUGAUGUUUGUUAAAAAUCAAACAAGUCAUUUUUUUUAAUUAGUUACAGGAAAUAAUUUUUCUAAAAUAUACUUUGAAGAUGAAGAUUUAGAUUUGAUAGCUAUUGGUUUGAACUGUGUUGGUAAAUUACAAUUUUUAAUAUGACUUUCGUUUAAUGGGAUUGUAUUACUAAUUAUGGAUCAGUAAAAGUGAGCUCAGAGCAUAGGUUUGGUUAUUGAGACAGAUUAAGAAGAAAUGUUUUGGCCAUGUUUUUCAUUUGCAAUCAUUUACAAAUGAAAAAAUAUAUAUAUUAUGCUUGAAUUUCUGUAUUUGAUGGUUAAUGCUGUUCGUAUUUCACAGUCUUGUGAUUGCCAAGCUUGAUGUUUUGGACACUUUUGAGGAGGUGAAAAUUGGGAUUGCAUACAAGUACAGAGGACAAUUCAUGAAAUCUUUCCCUGGUAUGAUUGUUGGUUUUGUUGCCUUAUGUCCAUCAGUUAUUAAUUGGAAUAGGACAACAAAGUUUCACUUUGACAUGUGUUAUGGAAUGUACUUAUGGCAGAUGUUUUUGUUUACUUUGAUGUUCGUUACAGCUUGUGUGGAAGUCUUGGAUGAAGUUGAAGUGGAGUACAUUACCCUACCUGGUUGGAUGACCAGUAUUGAACAAUGUAGAACAUUUGAUGAGUUACCAGCUAAUGCACAAGCGUAUAUUAGGAAAAUUGAACAAAUUACACAAAUUCCAGGUGAGAUUUAUAGACUGAGUGAAAUGUGAAUAAAUAUAGCCGUGAUUUGCAAAAUAUACCUAGGAAUUUCUUGACUUUAAGUAGGAGCACUGAUAGGGUAAGGUUUUUAAACCAGAAAGGAACAUCCUCAUAAUGCUGGCUAUCAUGGGGUGGAUUCAUAUAAAAUUGGUGUCAAAGUGAUCUAGAAUUUUAUUCCUGUACACACAGGUGCGAGGUUCUAAGCUGAAAAUAAUGAAUUUUUUAAGUCCAUGGUAGAAGGCAUGUUAAGGCUGUAUGCUAACAUUGUACGUUUCUUUUUUGUAGUUCAAUGGGUUGGAGUUGGGAAAUCCAGAGAUGCCAUGGUAUCUCUGUUUUAG